UACGCAACAAUGAGUGGAAGAGGUAAAACCGGCGGCAAAUCAAGAGCGAAGGCCAAGACUCGGUCAUCCAGAGCGGGUCUUCAGUUUCCCGUCGGCCGUGUUCACAGGCUACUUCGCAAAGGUAAUUACGCACAACGCGUCGGUGCCGGAGCUCCAGUGUACCUCGCCGCUGUUCUCGAGUAUCUCACCGCUGAGAUCCUGGAGUUGGCUGGAAACGCCGCUCGGGACAACAAGAAGAGUCGAAUCAUUCCCCGCCAUCUGCAGCUUGCCGUGCGUAACGACGAGGAGUUGAACAGACUUCUGGGCGGUGUGACCAUCGCGCAGGGUGGUGUGUUGCCCAACAUCCAGGCGGUGUUACUGCCAAAGAAGACCGACAAACCCGCUAAGGCCAAGUAAACGACUUAUUCUCCGAAUCAUUGCAAAAGGCUCUUUUAAGAGCCACCCACUCGAACCAAAAGAGAGCGAUUUUAUUUUCCAUUAUAAGAUGAACCUUCACGGUCUGUGUUGGGCAGUGACUGGUCUGGUUGCUUUAAAACCGGUUGUGUCUUUCAUGUUUAUUUGGUUGUUGUUGAGCUCCAAAUGAUGUUAAGGGAAGUCAUCACACAAGGAGUUUACCAACUCACGACUGUUGUCGCGACAGAUGAUUAUCAAUGACACUGAUUUCGAAACCUUUCUGGAGAUCAUUUUUGCAUUACAAUUACUCUUUAAUUUCAUUCACACAAUG